CGCCUGCGAUGAUACAGCCGUUUUAACCACCUGGGACAGCGAGAGGGGAGUGUGGUGUAUAUCAGCCUGUCAUUUUGGGCUUACGGCGUCAUUCAGCUCGCCAGCAACCCCCCCGGUUGUGUCGAGGUUUUGUCUGCGGGUGAGGUGAAUCCAGACGUCAGGGCGGGCUCAUGUUCCGCUCAUCAGCGAAACGGGCUGUUGCGUCUGCGGAGAGUCAGAGCUGACGAGCCGGCCGAGACACACGGAGAGGCAGGCAGGCAAGCCGAGAGACAGACAGGAGCGAGGGGAGGGGGCGACAGCCUGUUUCGGCUCUCUCGACCCUUUGCGGAUCGAGCCGAGCCCCCUCCGGUUUCCACCCAGAACCCCCACCCAUUUGUCUCCCACUUUGGAUGGGGGGAAAGCAGAGCACGGCGGGGCGGCCCCGGGGUGCUUUUCCCGGUGUCUCUACGGAUGACAGCGCGGUGCCACCCUCGGCCCACUUCGGCCACUACCGGCCGAGUGGCACCAUGGGCCUGCGAAGCCGCUCGGUGAGCUCCGUGGCUGGGAUGGGCAUCGAGCACAGCCCCGCCGUGCCCUUCGGCUUCUACACCCCCAGAGGGACGGACUCGGAUCGAGCUGGAGGAGGGUCAGGGGGCACUACCGCCGCCCCCCACGGUACGGGCUACCAGGACACUGGGGGUGGGGGGCACCACACGGACGGGGUGCUCUAUCUGGGAUCUCGGGGGUCGCUGGCUGACACCUUGCCCCUGCACAUCGCACCCCGCUGGUUCAGCGCGCACAGCGGAUUCAAGUGUCCUGUCUGCUCCAAGUCUGUGGCGUCCAAUGAAAUGGAAGUCCACUUCAUCAUGUGUCUAAGCAAGCCUCGCCUGUCCUACAAUGAUGAUGUGUUGGCGAGGGAUGCCGGUGAGUGUGUGAUCUGUCUAGAGGAACUGCAGCAAGGGGACACCAUAGCCAGACUGCCUUGCCUCUGCAUCUACCAUAAAAGCUGUAUAGACUCCUGGUUUGAGAUCAAUCGGUCCUGCCCCGAACACCCAUCUGACUGACUGACUGACCACCAGGCCCACUCUGAAUACUGUUCAAGGACAUCCCGUGGUCCUGCCAUGGAUACCUGGAACCAGAUGCAACCAAAUCGGAUGAAACAAUCAAAGCGAUCAACACGUACUUCUCCUGACAGAAUCCAUCACCAAUAACCAAGAUCAUUAUUCCUCGUGAGCUGAACCCAGAAUCCUACUGUCCAAACCAUCGUAAACAUUAAAGGGCAAACAUUAUUACAUCUGCUGAAGAAACGAAUCCCCCCCCCUCCCCCCUGCCUGCCCUUCCUUCUGUCCCCCUCCCACUUCUCCAGGCUAUCAGUCCCCUUAAAGGGCUUCAUCGACCUCCCUGGCAUGCUCAGGAUUCUUGCAGGCCUCCAGCAGCUAACCUUCCAUCUUUUAUCUGGAGCCAGGCCUGUUAGUCCCCCCCCCAAUGGCCUUAACUGGGGGAGAGCAAAGGAAACAGAGCAGAGAGGGGACAGGAGAGAAGAUGAAGGAAAACACAUGAGCAAGAAGGAAGACGGCGAGCAUGAGAAAGAGGAGGUGGAGGAAAGCAACUGAUUGCAGAAGCUCGCUUUGAGAUCAGACCUCUGAUGAUUUGGUGGGGGCUUCCAUCUCACAACAAGACGUCCACUCAUAGCAGUUCAGUUCUGCGCCCUUUCUCGCCAAUAUGACUCAAAUUCGAAUGUCCCCAAAAUGCUUCUUAGAUCUGGUUUGUGCACACCAGGGCAGGCGGGGAGGGAGGGAGGGAGGGAGGGGAGGGGGGGGGGUGGGGAACACAGAACAAACAAACUGGGAUGUCAGCUUGUCUAUGUACAGAAUAGAGAUGGGGGGGAUCUAAAGAUGGACUGGGGGUGGAGAGGAACAGUCUCAACAUGCUCGGUUCUGAUUGGGAGAGAGCUGUGUAGUUUACGCUCCUACUGUGUAAUGUGUGUGUGUUUGGGAUGCUCCAGUGUUAGGCUUCACCCGGUAUGUGUAUGUAUACUAUGUGUGUGUGUGUGUGUGUCUGAGCUUGGAACUGUGACAACAUAGCUUUUGCUGAAGCCUAAUAUGUGUGUGUGUGUGUGUGUGUGGGGCUUGCUUGCGUGGACAGCGUGAAAGGUCAGUGUAGAGGGCUGACAGGGACAGUGCUAUGUGUGUGUGUGUGGUGUGUGUGGUGUGUGUGUGUAUUGAAAUGUUUACAGUCUAGAUGUCCAUGUCCCUGUGUUUGUGUGUUGUGUGUGUGUGUGUGUGUGUGUGUGUGUGUGUGUGUGUGUGUGUGUGUGUGUGCAACUGGCAGUUCUCCCUUUACUUUGCUGAUGUUUACAGCUACAGAGAGGCGACAUGACAUAUUGUAAAUUACGCACCUAACCUCUCUCUGGGGUUCUUUCUUUUUAGAUCUGCCAGAUUUUUUUCAUGCGAUCAUGAUUCGUCAUUUUCUCGUGAGAGUCACCAGUGUGUGUGUGUGUGUGUGUGUGUGUGUGUGUGUGCGCGCGUGUGUGUGUGUCUCUGUGCAUGUGUCUCUGAGUGUGUGAGUCUAAAGGCGCCUCUUGGUCUAUGCUACUGUCGGUUCCCCACAUUGUGUUUCUGCUAGUAGAGGUCUGGCUGACGGCGCCUGGAGACGCGAGCCACUCAGACCCAAAAACAGGACUCUGUAGUCCCACUGUGGAUCCAAUGGACGGGGUUUAUUUAUUCAUUUGUUCAUAUUUAACAAUAUUUGUUUAAUAUUCCAAUCAUGUGAGGUGUUACCCACUCUUCAGAAUGCCAAGAGCUGAUGUAUGAAGACUUCUACAAAUGAACAUACAAACUGCAUUUACAAAGCUACUGUAAACAAAUGGUGGAAUAAAAUGUGCUAGAUGACUCUA